AUGAACGAGUAUUCGAAGUACGGAAGUCUGGACUCUGUUUUAGUUCGGGACUGCUCACUACCCGUCUCCGCUGUAGUGAAACAACAAAGUCAUUAUGCGUUCGUUAAAUUUCUCGCUGAUUUUCCUCCUGUCGGUGAUUGCGCUGGCCAGUUGGUGUGCAGUAGCACACGAGGUGAGAAAGCGGCAUUGGGAUUUGCAUUGGUGGAAGCGACACCAUGGCAUAGGUCAUCACGACGGCGGAGGUGGUUGGGGCGGAAAACAUGA